AUGGGCGUCAUUAAAAAGAAGACGGCCGUGCGGAGCACCGAGGGCGGCGUCAAGUACGUGUGCGACGUGUGCUCCGUCGACAUCACCGCUACAGUCCGCAUAAGAUGUGCCAACCCCACUUGCAAUGAGUUCGACCUCUGCGUGCCGUGUUUCUCGGAGGGCAAGACAGCCCGCGACCACGAGCCUCGCACCCAUUCGUACCACGUCAUCGAGCAGCAUUCCAUACCCAUCUUCACCGAGGACUGGGGCGCCGACGAGGAACUGGCGCUGCUAGAAGGAGCGGAGACGUAUGGUCUGGGGUCAUGGGCGGACAUUGCAGACCACAUUGGCGGCUACCGAUCCAAAGACGAGGUCCGCGACCAUUACUUCAACACCUACAUCUACAGCUCCAAAUUCCCCCUGCCUGAACACGCAAGCCCCGAAGACAAGCGUCUCAGCGAAGCGGUUCCUCGCGAGGAGUUCCAACAGAGGAAAAAGCGGAGGAUCGAAGAGCGCAAAGAUGCCGCCAAGAAUGCGACUCCCGCGACGCCCAAGCAGAAGCCCACAGCCAGUGUGCCUGCAUGUCACGAAGUCCAAGGCUUCAUGCCCGGUCGUCUUGAAUUCGAGACGGAAUACUUCAACGAGGCCGAAGAGGCAGUGCAGCACAUGCAAUUUGACCCCGGCGAUGGCAUAAACCCAAAGACAGGGGACCUUGAGCCGGAAAUGGAGCUUAAGAUGACCAUUAUGGACAUCUACAACGCUCGACUCACGGCCCGUGUCGAGCGGAAGAAGAUCCUCUUUGAGCACAGGCUUCUUGAAUACCGCAAAAACCAGGCGCUAGAUAAGAAGCGGACAAAAGAGGAGAGAGAUUUACUCAACAAAGCCAAGCCAUUCGCCCGGAUGAUGCAGCAUGACGACUUCAAGGAAUUCUGCGAUGGCCUCGAGUAUGAGCACAAUCUUCGACAGGCGAUCGGGCAGCUUCAAGAUUGGAGGCUCAUGCAAGUCACAACUUUAAAGGCCGGCGAGAAGUACGAAGCAGAGAAGCAUUCACGGCUGACGAGAGGGCCGCCUGUCGGCUCGUUCGACCGGUUAGCGACCAAUCGCAUCAACAAGCCCACGCUGCCUCAGGAGACGACGACUGCUACCACGGCUCUGACUGCCCCUGAUCUGCCGCUCCGAUCCGUCAGCGGGCAGCCGACCCCACCAAACUCAGUCCCCCCAGCGGAGAAGCCCCUGGCAAACGGUAACGCGAACGGAGUCGUUCCGCAACCAAACAAGCAGAAGUUCCAGGUUCAACCCAUCCAAGGUCUCUCGACGAUGAAGCUGAACGACGAGAACGCGGCGGAUCUGCACUUGUUGUUGCCGGAAGAGAGGGAGCUCUGUGCGGCGCUGCACCUCAAGCCCAAGCCGUACAUGGCCAUCAAAGACGCGUUGAUGCAAGAGGCCAUACGGCAGGGCGGCAGCAUGAAGAAGAAGGCGGCAAGAGAGAUAUCGGGUGGAUUGCAAAAGCAUAGCUCGAGGGCCACGCUGGCAUGCGGCGCGGCCCCGGAUACCCUGGCGUUUAUCCGGGAAGGACUGCGCUCGAAAGGAGCGUAG